AAUGAGUUAGGAGGAGAUUUGGGCUAAAUAAGAGGAUAUAAAUUUAUAAGCUGAGGAAGGUGAGUAAAGAAGGAAGAAUAAAAAAAGAGUAAUUACAAAUCCCAAUUAAUUAACAGGACAUUGGAGUGAAUAGGAACACAAUACAUAUAUAGAUUUUUUGAAUAUGCAUAGAACAGUGAUGGAAUCAUAAGAUUAAAAGAAAACAAGCAAGAUUUUCAAAUUGAUGAGUGAAACCAUAGGUACUAGAAGUCCUUCUUAAUGCCGGUGAG